GCAAUUCAUCACUUUCCAUCAUCCCACAAUAUAUUCAUCAGCCCCCCUUUACAUUAUAUUAUUUCACAUACCAAAAAUAAUUUUUGGAAACAAUAUAAUAUAAUGAUGAGUUCAAAGUUGUUCCUUCUUCUUCGCCUUUCUUUGGCUCUUUCUCUCUUGAUUGCUUCCCACGUCUCGGGCCGGGAUUUGGUCGAGACUAUGGUUCAUGCUUCCUCUAACACAACAGGACAUGUCGGGCAAUCGGAUUGUGCCGGACCCUGCAAAUACGGUUGCUGCGUCGUCGGCUACCACCAGUGUUGCCGAAGUUGCUGCCAUGGGGAGGCGGCGGCGGCGGCGGAGCCUUAAAUAAAUAAAUAAUACUCCGUAAAAGCCAAUUAUUCGAUCAUCCGAUCCCAUGCACGAUAUAUACUAUACUGGGAUUCGAUCGAUAUGAUAGAGCUUUCUUAUAGUAAUAAUUAAUCUCUCUCUUUAUGUAUCUGUGUGUGCGGAGGAGAUGUAACAAUUGCACUUAUAGUACCUCUUUCUCCAUUGUAUUAAUUAAUGUUCAAUGAUGAU